CUCUUACUGUUUGUCCCUCUCCCAAUUCACGCUCUCUCUCUGUCUCUGUCUCUAAGUGAUAGUUUCCAAGGGGAUUUUGUGUUGUAGCAACUUGUCCACUUCCUCGGGUCCUAUAAGACAGGAUGCAAGACAAGUGCAAAAAGAAACAAAAUAUUAGAAAUGGCAAUUCUGGGUAACUCCAGUAACUCAUUCUUCAUAUAGCACUGAGGGGAAGGGGUGACUGUCAUAUUGGGGGAGAGAUCCUGAUCACCUUCUGCUCUGGACAUUGUAAGCGAGAAACCAGGAAACGGAGAGGAAAGGGUUACAGCCCCGGCUGGAGAUUUAAGGAAAUAGGUGUGGGGGAGGAGAGCCGUGAACCCAAUUAACCUGCACCUUGUACCCAUGCUGGCCACCUUCCCAAAGGUGAGUGAGGAGUGACCACUGGUUGCUAUUUGAUGAAGGCUGAGGGGGAGGGGUGUGUGUGUUUGGGAUGGGAGGGUAACUGAAACGCUUACCUCACUAGGAUACUGUCCAUGGCUUGGGGGACAGUGAUUAUUUACUAGGAUACGGUGUAAGGAUCAGAUCAUAGAUAAUAGACAGGAAUCACUACUUCACAGCACUGCUGCAGUAUCGCUUACAUAGGACAGAGCGCAGGUCAGGCAGGUGUAUAUGACUAGGACAGUCCGUCGGUGACUUUCUACAACAGGACGUAGUGCUGGCUACACCGUUAUUUAUUGACAGGUUCAGCACAUAGGCUUCACAGCCUUGCUGUCUCUUUCUAGGAUAGUACUGAGGCCUCCCUCACAUCGUAGCUGUCUCUUACUGCAUAGUCCUGGGUACACGCAGUCUCUUAUUUAACACUGCAUAAUUCCUGGGACAGAGCAAUCUGUUAUUAGGGCUUUGGGUUUAUAGAUAUAUCUUACCAGAACUGUGGGUACACAGCAGUCCAUAAGUAGGUCAGUUCAUAGUUGUGGGAACAGAGCAGUCUCUUACUAGGUCAGUCCAUAGUUGUGGGAACCCAACAGUCUCGUUCUAGGAGUCGCCAUAGUUACACUUAUAAUUAUUAUAUAGACAUUUUCUUGGACUCUCCUUAUUUGUGGGUAAGUAGCAGUCUCUCACUGGGACAGUGCGGAGACCUGGCAGUGCAGAUACCUUUAAUGGAUGGAUAACUUUUACAGACCAUACUCGUCUUCUGUAAGUACAAGAUUUUUAAGCAAUGUGACACCCAGAAUGGCAAAUGUACAAAUGACUUUUUUCAUUUUAGAUAACUUGAGAGGGUUUAAACGCUGUCCUCAAAUGUUUAAAAUGCUGGACCUCAUGGAUCCCUAUAUUUUUUUUUUUUGUUUAAGCUGCAAAAAGAUGGACCUUUGUUCCCACCUCACAAUGCCCUGUCUGACAUCCUUCCCAACCCAUGGUCACAUCCAACACUUGCUGAUCCAAAGCCUACAGAACCCGGCGGCAUACAUGGACAUACCAACCCAUCUCCCCGACACAUAAGGUGAGUCUCUAUCCAGUAUCUGUCAAGAUCAUCAUUUCCCUCCUCGCUCACUAUGCAAAACUCCAUUAGUGUCACUUUAAUAUACCACUCACCGCUAAUAUUUAUAUUUUUGCAAACCUUUAUAGCUGCUAUUACAUUUUAUUUAUUUAUUUUUUAUUUUCCCUUGACCACCUCUGUGUUUCCAUCAGCAAUAAAGACAUAGACUUACCUGCAGACCCUGUGAUGGAGCACCAAGAACAGGUGAGUGGUCCAAUAUCAUAUACAAGACCGUCAUAUAUCACUCUGUUUGCAUUCAUGUAUACCUGUGUGUGUAUGUGUGGAAUACAUGAUGUAUUCAAGAAUGGCAUUAUCCCUGUGAAUUAUGUUCCAGUAUUCGUAAUGAUGACAUCAUUCUUGUGAAUUAUUUUCCAGAAUUCAUGAAGAUGACAUUAUACCUGUGAAUUAUGGGUCUAUCUGGCUAUCCCCACUGUUUGUGCUAAAUGCUCUGGGUACGGUUUGCACAACUCUAUUGUAAUAAAGUGCUGAACAUACUGGGGACUUGAUCUCUGGUGUCCCCAAAAGUGGGAGUCAGAAUUCAAGACUGUCUUGCGUGAAAUUGGAUGGUUGGCAGAUAUACACCCAAUGUUGUUUUUUUUUUUUUGAGAGCGUGCAUGCAGAUUCCAUAAUAAUAAACAGUGAAAGGUUACAAACAAUCUGUAAGUUUAACAUAACAUACACCUAGCAACAUACUAACAGAUAAGGAUAGAGGGCCCUGCUCUUGCAAGCACACAGCCUAUUUGGAGGUGGAUACAUAAACAAUGUAAUGCAACAAUGCAGUGUUAAUUUUGGCGCCAAAUUUCUAUUUAGUUUCAGUCAUAGUCUUUUGACUAAAAAGACAUUUUAGUUUUAGUAAUAUUUUAGUCAUUUGAAUUGUUUUAGUUUUAGUCUAGCUUUAGUCGACUAAAUUUGAGUAGGUUUUACUCAACACUAAUAAAAUCUUAUGUUUUUAGUUAAAGCCUCUACCUGUCUGUUUAUCCCCUUCCACAGCCACUCUUUUUGUAUCCUCCCAGCCCCUCUAGGUGUCUCUCUCCCAAGCCCUGCUCUGUUUCUUUUGCCCCUUCCACAGCUCCUCUGUGCAGUGUUAAUUUUGGCAGCAAAUGUCAAUUUAGUUUUAGUCAUAGUCUUUUGAUUAAAAGGCCAUUUUAGUUAUAGUCGUAUUUUAGUAAUCUGAAUUGUUUUAGCCGACUAAAAUUGUUAGCCAACAAAAUUAACACUGCAAAAGUGUGACUGUGAGGUGCAAAUAAUGAUAGGUAUUGGGGAAUGGGUAAAAGAAUCCAAUUCCAUCCAAUAAUUACGGGUACUAUUUACUCGCUGGCAGUGGUUGCUCACUGUUAAAAAAACAACUACUAUUGCACCAGGUGGGAUCAUGGGGGUGAGACUAGUGCUAGGUUCCCCCACACCAUGCCAUGUUUCAAACUACCCUAUAGUUAUAGCCCUAUAGGCUUUAUUUUGAAUUAUUUUUAAAAAAGAUUUUAAUAUGGCGGCUGGCUAGCAAGGGCUGGCCAACUACAACAUGGUUAAUACUCGCUCCAUCAAGGAUUUUUAACUAUUUGGCUGCUAACGUUGCAAAUAGUUCCAAUUUUAACCCCUUAAGGACCAAACUUCUGGAAUAAAAGGGAAUCAUGACAUGUCACACAUGUCAUUUGUCGUUAAGGGGUUAAAAGACUUAUUUGGAGCCACUUGUGCAAGAUCCAGACAUUGGUAAAUACUGUGUGAACAAUGUCUUUUGAUGUCCAAAUGAUCCUUUACGUAGCCGGAUGGUUGUGCCCCAUUCGGUACAGGACUUUAGUGAACAAGUCUGAGUAAGACUAAAAAAUAUGGCCACAGGAAAGUUUAUGCAAGACAUGGAGUUUGCAGCCCCCGUGUGGUCAACAGCUAGAAUAGCACUAUAGAUCUCUUGUAACUAGGCAUUUAUGUACAUUUUCCAUGGACCUCCGGCUGCCUUUUCAUGAUCAAUUUUCGGGAAAUAAUUUGUGGCCUGUAUGACCCAUUCCUAGGUAACUCUGAUGUCAACUGCGCAUCCUGUGAGAAGCUCUAUAAAAUCUAUGCAUCUAUUUUAACAGGACCAGGUUUAGAGUUGCAGCUCAGGAUAUAUGUUGUCUGUAAUAUAUUUUUGGGGCUAAAUGGACGGCAGGGCAGGAUCCGUCCACAGCCUACAAUGUACUUUGGUAAAUUUAAAUGACACCAAGUAUACACUGUGACAUCAUACGAGUGUCCCUGAUAAAACUGCCAGGUGUACGUUGAAAAUACAGAAAUACAAUGGUAUUUAUGGAAACAAUUUGAAAAUAUACUCUAAAAUGUUCUCAAAAUGUUCAACGGUGUGAUUUAAAAUCACCAAUCAUAAAAAAGUAUAUGAUAGCCUGUCGUAUCAAUCCAUUAGAAAUUAUUAUUCAAUGGUAUUGCUGGCUAUCUGUAUGUGUGUUCAAAGAUAAGCAGAAUCCAUCAUUCUAAGUUCCAAAAAUGCAGCAGAUUUUAGUUCAUAAUUGUUGCCUUAAUGCUCUUGAUUUGGUAAAUAAAUUAAUUCUUUAUAAUUGAAUAAGUCUUUUUUUUUUAAAAAUGCAGGAAAUAAUCUCAGUAUUGAACCAUUGAAGUCCAGAUAUCUGCUGCAUUGAGCAAUUACCAGGCCUUAGCCCUUCAGAGGCAUGCAGAUAAUUAGGUUCUUAAUGUAUGUUGUUUUUUUCCAGAGAUUUCCAAUUACACUGUUUAAUGGAAUUAAAUGUUUUCACUAACUCUUCUUUAAACCUUUUCUCCUCUAGGAAAUAGCUAAUUAUCGGCUUGCUAUGCAACGCAUGGCGGAUGACAUCAUUAGCCUGCGCCGUCAGAUGAGUGGAUUAGAAACCGAAAACAGCCGACUGCGCAGUGAACGUAGCAUGUUGCAGGAUGCAGGGCAGAGUCUCCUUAGUGAUGCUGAUAUUGACGUCAUGACCAAGGCGGAGCUCGCUGAUCGACUUGGUAAUGGGAAUGGGGUUUAUAUGACACAUAUCAGUGUUCCUCUAAUAAUGAUUGUCCAUUCUGUCUGAGAACUCCUAGCAUUACAAUGCUAUUGGCUUCUUUAAAAUAUUUUCCAGUCUUAUAUACUCCAAAUGAUGGUGUCUUUAAACGAUGACUGUCAAAAUGAUGUGAUACUGACAAAGUUGAAAAGGUUGAUGAUUACAAUAUAAUCGCUGAAUUCUCGUUUACAGUAACUCUCAAAUACAAGUUGGCCAGUGAAACAUCAGACCUCCGGGGAAUGAGAGACAGAGUUCAGCAGCUACAAAAUGAAUUGGUCAGGGUAAGCACAAUCAAAAUACAAAAGUGAGCUUUACUCCCUAAACUGAAAAUUGAGGAAAAUCUACAGUCAAAUUGCUAUUUGUUGCCAAAAUAGCCACUUUUUAAAAAAUUGCAAUAUUUUUUCAUUUUUAUUUUUGCGACUCUGCUAUUUUGGCCUACAAUUUGCAUUUCCCCUUGUCACAACUCCUUAUUUUAAUGUAUAACCCAAAGUAUGCUUCCUAAGUCUGAAACUACAAAUGUCGGAAGAUUCACAAACUUGAGAGGGAUUAAAAAAGCAUUAAAAAUAUUUACAUUCUUAAUGGGAGGGUUAAAAAAAAUGGAUAUUCUCUUAAAAAAACAAAACAAAAAAACCCAAUGAGGAUAAUAAUGUCAGGGGACACACUAAAAUACUGUAGGUGGUAAGCAUUGAGGUACUGACAGUAAGAGGUAAGGGGGAGCUAAAACAAAGUGGGGGCCCUUCCAACAUGGCACAAUAUUAAAGGAGAGAAUCUAAAGAUGAGCCAAGUAGAUGGAAUCUGAGACCAGGAGAAAGCAAAGAGGCGCUUGGGAAACUGAAAAAUACAAUUGAGGGAAGAAGGAAAAAACGUGAGAUGAUGAGUGUGAUAAGAAACAUGUAACAGCGCUACGGAAUUUGCUGGCGCUAUAUUACUUAGUUACAUAGCUGAAAAGAGACUUGCGUCCAUCAAUUUCAGCCUUCCUCACAUUUGUUUUUUGCUGUUGAUACAAAAGAAGGCAAAAAACCCAGUCUGAAGCGCUUCAAAUUGUUCAACAAACUAGGAAAAAAUUCCUUCUUGACCCCAAAAUAGCAGUCAGAUGUCUCCUUGGAUCAAGCCGCUAUUACCCCACUAAAUAGAAAUUAUAUCCCUGUAUGUUAUGUUUUUGCAAGUAUGUAUGAAUAAUGAAUAUAUAAAUAAUAAUGUAAGAUACCAUAAUGAGACAGGGGGUGAUAUAAGAAAUGUGAAUAAACUGGAGAGUAAUUAGCUGCUAGACUGGAGAGACUGGACAAGACAUAGUAAGUGAAGACUUCAAGAGGGGAAAAAAUAGAUGGAAAUAAGGCUGGGAGAAAAAAGAGGAGUGAAAACAAAUAAAGGCUAGAGAAGCUUAAGGGGGGCCCGGUCUGUGGUUUCAAAGAGAUCUUGAGGUUUCUAAUGGUAGCCCUUAAUGUAAGAGCAGAUUGUUUGCACUAUUUUGCUUUGUCUUCGCUAACAGUUUACCGAUUCCUAUCUCACAACGUAUUUUAUUAAAGAGGCAUUGCUCAUAUCACACUGUGAAAUAGCCAGUAUAGCAGUAUUGCAAUUUUUAGCUCUCGUGUCUAAUUGAAUGCUCUGAACAUCGGAGCUUACCUUGUAUCCCCUCAAUGUUAUAAUGUUAUUACAGAGAAAUGAUCGCGAGAAGGAGCUUCUGCUUAUAAAGAGAGCACACCAGCAACAGCAGGUCGUACUACAGCAGUACCACCAGAAGGCGAGCCGGAGCAGGACCUUACAAGACACUGUGCGCAAGCAGGAGAAGGUGAGGUCUAAUAAUGGGUAAAAAAACAAACAAACACCCAAAUCUGCUUGUUCCAUGAUAUAGAUGGGGAGGACAAUGGGGGUAUGAUAGAAGGUGGAGGGUGCAUUCUUUAACUGCACAUAUAAUGAUGGCAGGAAGUCCAUGCCAAUAACAAACACACUGCUCCACAACAAGACACAUGUUUGUUCAUCCUAUUCAGGUUAUCGAGAAGAUGGAGAAACUAUUGGAUGAUAAAUUGCGAGAGGAAAAAAGAAAACGAGUGCCAGGAGGAGAGAAAGGUGACCAAUAACAGAGCGGGAGGUGACACUUAUUGAAUUUCAAAUCAUGGCCCAAAUACAUGGCCAGACUGAAACAAAUCCUUUAUGGCUUUAGUUCACAUACCGUGGCUGAUAACUGCAAACUUUAAAUUCACUUUUAUUCCUGACAAUUGGCACUGUAGUGAAUAACCGUCCCAGUGGACGUCCCAUUUACAAAAUAAAAGGGAAACUAACCAGUAUUUCCCCAGAGGACCGAGAGACACUAAUUAAAAGGAUAGUUAGAUGUGAUAAAUGAGAAGUGUCAUUGGUAAAAUUCAUUAGAACAUGCCUAUUUUAAAUAUACCAACCGUGACACAAAGAAAUUCAAGCCAAAACCUGGACAAUUGUAUUCUUAACAUUUGAAUAUUGACGACGUGUUAAUGAAAGAGAAAGUGAUACUAUAGAAAAUAACACAAAUACCAUUUUGUUAUAUAAUUUCAUUCCAUUUCUGUCCACCAUUCUCAUUCUGUUCUAUUUCUUUCAGAUGGCCGGGUAGACUUUCUGCAGAAUGAGAUCUAUGCUACGUUACUAGGCGAGAACUCACGUCUGAGAGAGGAGCUUGAGGGUGCAAGACAACCAGUGAUAACCGUGCAACAGAACGUCCCAGUGAGUGAUUGGCUACAUUGCACAGAUUACACAUAUGUUAUAAUACACACUCCUCGUUAUCCCCUAUAAAUACUCACUGUACCUCUAAGCACACACUAUACCCGUUUACACCCCCGAUACACACAUGCACACUAAACCCCCUAUACGCACCUCUACACACAUGUGCACUACAACCCUUAUAUGCAGAUACACACACAGUGCAACCCCUUGCAGUCCCAAGGGACAUCACACUAACAAAUGUGUUGUUUUUUUGGGAGGGGGUCAUGUUUACCAUUGGAGAUGAUAUAACAUGCAGCCUUUCUUGCCUUGCCCCUCUUAGAAGGCUUCUCUGCUUUUAACUGCCCAGGCUGAAUUUUUGUCCUAGUACAUCCUUGUUGAGGGAUUAUCGGAUAGAGCAAAAUCAAUCCAGCAGUGAUUAAAACUUACAUGAUUGCAGAAAAUAAAAAUAUAUUUGCAAUUAAUUUAUACAGAAGACAAUAUGUAUUCCUUUUUUUUUUUUCAGUCUCAGGAAACCUUUUCUGCCGCAGAGAAAUUUUCCCUUCUCAGUAAACUGGAGAAAUCUCAGGCUAGAGUGCAGAGCUUGGAACGAGAGGUGAGGGACAACAUAUGUUACUUGUGGUGUGCACUGUUCACACAAUAUGGCUCUCUGGAAUCAUUUUUUUCAUACUAUGAUUGGUCCUCUGUAGCUGGAAGAGGCUGCACGGCGAUGGGGUCGUGAGAAGCAGGACCUCCUGACUCGGCUCUCUGAACAGGAGAUGGGGUUCAGCCGCACUCAAACCACAAUCCUGCACCAUUUUCCAACAGUAAGUAUUGUACUCUGUGCUUAACUAAUCAUCUUGCAUACAGUAUGUUACAGGAAAACACAGAAAGUGCAGAAUUCCCACCAUAAACCAAGUAAAAGUUGACUAAUUAGUUGUUUUUGCUUGCACGUCCAUAAACGCAAAGUUAUAUAUGACGUUUUAAAAUCUAUACCAAUAGUUUUUUUUCCCUAAAGUCUUGGAGCCAUAUUUCACAAUGCCAAUUUCUAAAUUCUUAGGGUAACUUUAUUCUAUUUUAUUUUUCACUUUAAAAAAAUUUUUUGACAAUCUUUAUUUGUAUUUUCAUAAUAAGUGUUUGCAUUUCUGUAUUCAGACUCAGACAAUUAAGCAGACACUUUGACAUAUGCCAAUACAUGUUGGCAGUCACACUCAAUAUUAUAACGGAUGGGGUAAACAAACAAAAUUUGUAGCAGUAAAUUAGUACUAUGUCUCCGGACUCCAAUCCAGUAUCCUUCACAUUUAAUUUGAAUCAAUGAUAAUCAAUGAAUUAUAGCUUCCUACAUUUGUGUUGUAUAAGACAUUAUCAAGGAGUGCAAUAGUACACAAGUCAGACUGGACAAUUAGUAUAAAAAAAAUAGAAUGAGAGCCUCAUUUUUCAAUUAGCCAAUAAACUUGUUUUGCCAUGGAUUGUCAUCAAAACAUUUAGUAAUACAAUUGCUGAAAAGAAUACUUUUUUUUUUUUAAUUUGGCAUAACUGUAAUUGCUGUCAGUUGAAAACUUGUCUCCUAUUAAAUGUUUCAAGCUCUAUCAAGCUCUUCCUCAGAAGAUAACACCGGAUUCCUUUUAUAUUCCACAUUGCCUCCACCAAUUUACAGCACUUUGACUGUUGCCAAGUAUAGAUACAUGUGCGUUGUAAAUUCAGCCAAGCACGAGAUCCGCGCUUAAAAUACUGACCUUAUGACAAUAACGGUCUAGUCAAUUAUGUUCGAGAUCUAUUCAGCAGAACAUUGGCUCCACUUGAGCGCGUUUUAGAUUUUUGGAUUUGGUGGCCACUCACUUGAAAGAGAAAUUAUUCUGUAGCCGGUACAUGUGGAUAAGAUCGACUAGAGCUGUUCCAAAAAAUGGGUCCAAGGACAACAUGAUGCCCCCACAGACGCAAUCGUGUGGGUUACAAUAGUGUAUUAUGUGCAGUGGGUUUGGAGUUAUUUAGGAUUUGAGUGGAUCAGGGCUAGAUGGUUUUUAGGGAUUUGGGAGGCUAAGAGCUAGAGAGACUUAGUUUUAAGGGGGGUUUUGUUAUAAGAGGACAUCUGCUGUGGACUGUAAUUACCAUAACUCACAGCCAGGUAAAGGCUCUAUCCUUGAGCUACCUAAUCCGAUCUACCCCUAAUGUUACAAACUCACUCUAACCACUCAAUUAACUUGUAACUUACGCUCGAGUCAUCAUUAAAAAAAACAUGCCUUUGUUAAAGGACCACUAUAGUGCCAGGAAAACAUACUCGUUUUCCUGGCACUAUAGUGCCCUGAGGGUGCCCCCACCCUCAGGGUCCCCCUCCCGCCCGGCUCUGAAAAGGGGUUAAACUUACCUUUUUCCAGCGCUGGGCGGAGAGCUCUCUGCCUCCUCUCCUCCUCCGAUCCGCCCCGUCGGCUGAAUGCGCACGCACGGCAAGAGCUGCGCGCGCAUUCAGCCGGUCACAUAGGAAAGCAUUCUCAAAGCUUUCCUAUGGACUCUGGCGUGCUCUCACUGUGAAAAUCACAGUGAGAAGCACGCAAGCGCCUCUAGUGGCUGUCAAUGAGACAGCCACUAGAGGGAAUGGGGGAAGGCUUAACCCAUUGAUAAACAUAGCAGUUUCUCUGAAACUCCUAUGUUUAUGAAAAAAUGGGUUAACCCUAGAAGGACCUGGCACCCAGACCACUUCAUUAAGCUGAAGUGGUCUGGGUGCCUCGAGUGGUCCUUUAAUACAAUUAUUACCCUGUGUUUGCAGUCACAAUGCCCACUAAAAAAAUCUGCAAAAAAUAACUAAACUUCACACACAAAAAUAAUACAGUUGACAGUAAAAAUCAAGUGGUGUUACCACGGGUUUUAAUGGCACGUACUAAAUCUGGGCAUUGGUAAUUUUUCCACUUGUCAUCAAACAGGUUGACCGGUUUGUGUGGAGGGUUUCUGUUGUAUUCAUAUUUCUAUCUGAUAUAUAUUAUUUUUCUUUUCCUUAUGCAUUUCAUAAUUAUCUUUAAAUCAGUUUACCUGCUAAUAAGAUAUAUAUUGCCUGAAAAUGUCCACUGGAACCACGCAUAAUAUAUAUUUCCAAAGAACACGUUGCUUUUCUUACAGACCAGGUUGAAACUGUGCUGAUUCAUUAUGUCGAUAAUUCUUCUAAGGUUUAUGAAAUGUCAUUACUUUUUCCUGCAAAAUAAUGAAGUAUUGGAGUUUAUUUUAAUACUUUUUUUAUUGAUAGUGGAGAGCUUUGGCGAGUUCCAGGGACGAACUCCCAAAGGCUUGUUGCCACGAAUUUCUGUUAGAUAAAAGGUAUUAAAAGAAACUGCAAUAUUUCAUUAGCUUAGAUCUACAUUACUGAACUGAUGCAGCAACUCAAAUAUAAUCUUGUUUUUAUUUUGCAGAAGGACCCGGAUCUACCUUCCAAGAGACCUUCUAAACUGCAUCCUUUAAUCUGACAUAAUGGAUGGUGCAUAAAAACAACAUUGGAAAUAGAACAUAAAGUUUCAAAUAAAACAGACCUCAACAUGAUGAUGUCAUAGAAACAUAUCAUGCAAACAGUGAAUGUCUUGACUUUCCGUUUAUUUUAUAACCAAGCUGCAUAUAUAUACGUCUUAAAAAGAAAAUACCGUACUGCAAAGGAAUCUCAAUCACGAAGAAUGAUUUUAGCUCAAAAAUCCACUUUCAGCUUUUGCUCCAAUUGUCACUAAAUGGUACCUUAUGAUACAAACACCGCACUGUAAUAAGUUGGGAGAUGCACAUUAACUUCCAAGAUGUUGUAAAAUAUUCAUUGGAUCAUACUAUUUAUGGAUGCACAGAAUUAUUUCUUAAUGUAAAAAUAAUGCGAUUAAAUAAUCCUAUUUUUAUUUUACAGGUUCACUUUUUUUAUUAAAAUUAAAUUUAAAGGAAUUGUGGAAUGCUUC